AUUUUGAAAGUGAUUUGGUUUGCGCUUGGACUUUCCUAGUUUUCUUUGUCAACCUAUUUCUUAGCUUAAACCUCCCUAUGUGGAAACCGUGGACCAUACACUGUUCCCUCUUUCUUCGUAUGGGCGUCCGUGUGAAAACCGCAAGGCUGCCAGGCGUCAGCCAUUCCUUAAAAACCCACACAAUAAAGUUUCACUAUCGUUCCCUCUUUGAGUUCCAAAUCCAACUCCAUAGGUUUUUUUUUUUGCAGCUUAAAAAGCCCAACACAAAAGUCUUCUACUUUAUGGCGGCUGAAACGGCGGAGACACCGUCAUCGUCAUCCGAAGAAGUUUAUUCAUUAGCAACGAGUAAGCCAAAGAAACGUGCAGGAAGGAGAAUAUUCAAAGAGACUCGUCAUCCUAUUUUUAGAGGUGUACGACAAAGGAAAAAGAACAAAUGGGUAUGUGAGUUACGUGAGCCUAAUAAAAAAACUCGCAUUUGGCUCGGUACUUAUCCUACACCUGAAAUGGCUGCACGAGCACAUGAUGUUGCUGCAUUAGCGUUUAGAGGUAAAAGUGCUUGCCUUAAUUUUGCUGAUUCAGUUUGGAAGUUGCCUUUGCCGGCUUCAAUGGAUGCUAUCGACAUUAGACGAGCAGCUGUGGAGGCGGCCGAAGCGUUUAGGCCUAAAGAAUCGGAGGAACAGUUGGGGGGCGGUGGCACAAGGCAGGGAAGUGUGGAGGCUUCUUCGAGUGGCGUCGAGGUUAACUUUGUGGAUGAAGAAGCAAUGUUCGACAUGCCGAACUUGCUUGCUAGCAUGGCUGAAGGACUUUUACUUUCUCCACCUAGGAGUACUAAUCCGGAUGAUGAUGAUGAUAGUGAUAUCGAUGUUUCCUUGUGGAGUUACUGAUUUUUUUUUCAGUAAGGUAUUUUUUUACAAAACUGAUCAAUACCUGAAGGGAAGAGGAUAAUAGCAAAGGGGUGGUAGAAGCUAGAGGAGGAAAUUUGAAGAAGAAAGGAAGGUGGUGAGUUUGGUAAAGCAUUGAAUGAUGAUAGAAAGCAUCCAUGGUUCCUUUGAUUCCUUGUUUUAUCUCUCUAUCUCUUUGAUUUUUUUUUUCUUUUCUCAUUUUUAUAGGGGAUACAGAAAAGGAUUAAAUAUUUAUGGAAAUUGUAUUAAAUUUUUCAGCUGAGUGCUGGCUUUAACUAGUAAUUUUUUAAAAGAUCAAAGUGGCAUGCCUCGCAGACCGUUACAUCUUCCAUCAAUUAUCAUCUUUAGAUUCAUAUAUAUUAAUAUAGAUAUAGUAAGGAUAAAUAAUACAUAUAUAGAUGUAGAUAUAUUGUUUUGUAAUAGGAUGUUGAAGUUUAAGUCAACUAGUUAAGGGCAUGUACUUCGAGAAAUUUUAGGCUAUCUGGUUUUCAAUGACAACCACACGUUAAAAAAAAAAAUGGUUCUUUUUUCCAA